CCUUGACCCUUUUCCCUAUCCUGUCUUCAAUAUAUGGUCCAUAUGACUUGGUACCGGCUACUCAAGUAAUUUUUUGACUAUCAAAACACAAUUUUACAUACUCUUCUUUUACCUAUGUUUAAUUUUACCUACUCUUCUUUUACCUAUGUUAAAAAACAUUAAUUACCACACUUUGACUGCUAAGCAAUGAACGAAGGAUGACUAUGUGAAGACGGUGGAAGAGCAAUUUUCCGGCGUUGAAACAAAACGUCUAUGUGAAGCGGAGUACAACGUUCUGCCAGUAAACUCCAUUACAGAUAUAUGCAGGCACCAUCCACCAACAUUCUACCUUUUAGUGAAGGGUCAAACUCAAUUUAUAUAAUGGCAGAAGAAGUUGAUACCUCUAUCAACACCGAUCAGUUACAUGUAGAGGAGAUAGCAGAUAUACCUGAAAAGAAUCAGGCGGGGCAUGAUGGAGGUGAAGAGGCUAUAAUUGAAGAAUCAGCUUUGAAUUUGAACAAAGAAAGAGCAAAACGGUCAAAAAUUUGGGAGGAAUGUUUCACCAAGAUAAAGAAUGACAAAGGAGUGGAGGUAAAAGCUGAAUGCAGCCAUUGUAAAGUGAAGUUGUCUUCGCAAACGACUGGCACAACAACGCAUUUGACUAGACAUAUGAAGACGUGUUCUCAAAGCAAGGCGACCAUGAGGCAGCAGGGGCUACUAAACUUUCAAGCAAGCAAUCAAAGUAUGCCUUCCCUAGCUCCAGCAAUUGUGGGGGGGGAGUACGAUCAUGGAAAAAUGAAAGAAGUCAUUUGUCACUGGUCCAUGAUGCAUGAACAUUCAUUCUCCAUCGCAGAAGAAGAAGGGUUCAAUUUUAUGAUGAAAGUAGCUAAUCCUUUUUAUCAAAGAAUCGGUUGAGUUACUUUAAGAAAUGACUGCAUCAAAGUUUAUGAGUACGAAAAGAAAAAGGUAAAAUCUAUGCUCUCUAAUGUUUCAAAGAUCAGUUCGAGGACAGACUUAUGGAAAUCUAAGAACCAAAAGAUUAGUUACUUGGUAGUCACAUGCCAUUUUCUGGAUGCUGAAUGGAAGCUCAACAAAUGGGUGCUGAAUUUUGUUCAUAUUCUACCACCACACAAUGGUGAUAAUAUUUCAGAUGCUUUGUACAAGUGUGUGAAAGAUUGGGGAAUUGAGAACAAAAUUUAUACUAUUUCAGUAGACAAUGCUUCAGCAAAUGACACUGUAAUCAAGAACUUGAGGGAAAUCUUUGCGAUGAAGAAAGAUUUGGUUUGUGGUGGAAAGCUUUUUCUUGUGAGGUGUUGUGGACAUAUCUUGAAUUUUAUUGUUCAAGAUGGUUUGUCUAGAAUCAAAUAUGUAAUACAAGAUAUAAGGGAUGAUGUCUCUUUUCUUAACCAAAGUGAAGCACGGUUGAACACUUUAUGUGAAGUUGUCCAACAAUUGCAAGUGUCUGACUGAAAACUCAUACUUGAUUGCAAAACACGUUGGAACUCAACCUAUGAUAUGCUGCAUUGUGCAUAUAUGUUCAAGGAUGUAUUUCCAAUAUAUCAAAGAAAGGAACCCAGUUACACGUCAUGUCCAUCAAAAGAAGGUUGGGAGAAGGUAGAGAAAAUUCUUAAUAUUGUGGUGGUUUUCUCUAAUCUCAACAACAAAAUAUCUGGAAGUGAAUACCCAAUGAGCAACCUUUUUCUGGUUGGAGUUUGUAAGAUUAAACAAAGAUUAGACAAUCGUGGAAGUGAUGAAAGUGCAUUCGUGAAGGAUAUGGUCGACCAGAUGAAGAAAAAGUUUGACAAAUAUUGUGGAGAGUGCAAUUUACUCAUGUCUAUCGUUGUUGUUGCUUUGGACUUCUGUUUUCCUAGGAUAUAUCGUGAAUCAGAGGUAGACCUCAACAUAGAAAAUGUGAAAAGGGCUUUGCUUGAGCUAUAUAAUGAGUAUGUGACCAUGGAAAAAAGUUCUACUCUAGGAAAGAGAACGUUUAUUUCUUCUCAGUCCUCUUCAAUAAUGAAUUCAUCGGCAUCCGACUUUGAUGAGUUGCAUGCAUAUGUGAAAGAAGUAGAGACUAUCCGGCCAAAUAGAACAGAUUUGGACAUGUAUUUUGAAGAUGUUUGAUAUAUUUGCUCAGAAGGAUCAAAUGAAUUGUUUGAUAUCUUAGUUGGUGGAAAGGAAACCAAUCAAAGUACCAUGUUCGUUCAAAAAUGGCAGCUGAUAUCUUGGCGAUUCCGAUAACCAUAGUGGCAUCUGAGGCUACAUUUAGUGCUAGAACAAGAGUAAUUGACACAUAUCGUGCAUCACUAUCAGUUCAGACAGUAGAGGCGCUGCUCUGUGGAGGAGAUUGGCUUAGAAAUCUUCAUGGGGUAAAAGGAAGCAAAGGGUGCAAAGAACCGAUAAUAAUUAAUCUACCAAUAUCAUAGAUGGUCAAACAAGAAGUUUUAAUGCAGUGGACGAGUCUCAUAUUUUGUGAAUUCCUGAUUGGACUCUGAAAUAUUGCUCACUCUAUUUGUCUAUUUUGCUUUUGAAUAUUUUUGGACAUAUGAAUUAGUUUGGCUCCUAACUUUGAACAUAAUUGUUUGGACAUGUAAUGCUUAUAUGUUGCACUAGGG